AAAGAGGGUGUUGGAUCCCUUGGAAUGACGGUUGUGCUGGCCAUCCGAAUGCUGGGAAUCGCUUUCCAGUCCCAUGUAUUUUCACUUUUAACCAUGUGUCCCUAGUCUAAUUCUCUGCAUAGGUCAUCAGGGGCCCUGAAACUCCCCAUCCUAAGACAAGGGGUGGAGUUCCUGGCCUGAUCUGUAGGGGUCUUCCUGUUCUCCACACAGCAUGGCCCCAGCUGAGGCAAGGCUGUCAGCUCAAGUUGGCCUUUGUACAUGUUUCUGAGACCAGCCGGAACUCUCACGCUCCAGGGAGGAAACUCUAAUUUCUCCACCUGAAGGGUUCUAAACUAUGAGUCUCAGAAUAAACUCAAACUACUCCGGCAGAACCCGGGGAACGGCGGUUGAAAGCGGAAAUGACGUCAUCCACCCCUGAUGUGGCCUUGCUGAAGCUGGGUCAGUCUAAUUUAUCUCCCAGAAUGGCUUCCAAAUUGCUUGAGCUGGAGCCAGAGCCCGGAGCCGGGUGCUCCAGUUUGAGGCCAGAAGCAGAAGCAGAAGUGGCGUCAGUCAUUGUCCUCCGUCUCUUCCGGCGCUGGCUCUGGGCUGGGGGCGGCUGACUUCCUCUCAACCUGCGGGAUCUGGAGACUCAAAAACUGGUUAUGCAGCCCCAGGCCGGAAGCGGAAAUAAUUCCAGUCAUAGUCUUCCGUCUCUUCCAGCAGCCUGGACUCCAGGCUUCCUGGUUCCGGGACCCUCGGCUGCGGAGUCCAGGCCCCGCAUCCCAGUUCCUCUGGCGGCUACUCAGAGGCCGCGGUUCCCGCGCCCGUCGGCUUCCUUGGGGCUCUGCAGACCGGCGACCACCACCCGGGCCGCCACAGCCUCCCGGGCGGCCUUCGGGAGGCGUUUUCUUCCAGAAGGAAAGGGAUUUCCCCGCCGUUCAUUCCUGGUCCUUCGUGCCCCCUUCUAGGCGAGCUGAGGCGGCUAGGGCGCGUUCUGCAGCUUUGUAGCCUCUUUGUACCUCCAGGAAUGCCUUCCACGUUUUCCAUAUGACCCUUGGAGUACCUCAACAAUUUUUCCAUCACACAAAUCUUUGCAGAAGACAGCCUUGUUAAAUCCACCUUUCUAUAGGACCAAAGGGAUGCAGGUAAUGUCAGAGAGAGAGAGGAACAAACUGCCACUGGCUACUUAAAUGUAGAAGCUGCCUAGUUGUAUCCUUGGAAUUCUGGAAGAGUGUUUGGGUAUAUUUCACCAUCACCUUUACAGGAUGGAAGCCAUCAAUUUGUCCCAUGGUUUAUUUUCUAGAGGCCUACCCUCUUUUCAUGAUGAAAAGGCAGUGGUGGAAAGGAUGAUGGCUCACUGUCUGACAGAUUAUUACCAGGACUCAGUUACCUUUGAGGAUGUGGCAGUGGACUUCACCCAGGAGGAAUGGACUUUAUUGGACACAACACAGAGAAACCUCUACAGAGAGGUGAUGUUGGAGAAUUACCAGAAUCUGGCCACAGUAGGGUGUCAGCUCAUUAAACUCAGCUUGAUCUCUUGUUUGGAAGCAGAAGAGUUGAGGAUAGUGGAGAGUGGAGUCUGCCAAGAACAGGCUAUGCGGUUUACCACCAAAGGGAUAGCACUUCAGGAUAUUUUUUGGCUAAAAAUGGCAAGUGAGCUACAACUGCAGGCAAGUAGCCAUAAUGGAGGAGAACUCUAUGACUUUAAGCCAUGUGGAGAAGUCCUCAAAGAAUCCUCAUGCAGUCUUACAUGCAUGGGCCCUCAAAAUAGAAAGACCACUUAUGAUUCUGUUCAGUAUGGACAAGGCUUUCCUGUGUUGCAUAAGGAAACUUCUGCAGAAAACCUUCCUGUAAUGAGUCAAUAUGGAAAAGGCUUCAGUCUGACUCCAAGUGUUGCUUACCAGACAACCUGUGUACAAGCCAAAUCUCUUGAAUCUAGUGAAUUUCAGCACACUUUUGGUAGUCAGUCACCUGGAAGACUUCACAGUGAAGACAAACUCUUCAAAUGGGAGCAGUGUGGUGAUGCUUUUAACUCCUCCACAAAUCAUGCUGGGAAAGGUCAAACACACACUGGAAAAAAAUCCUAUGAAUGUAAGGAAUGUGGGAAAAGUUUUAAAUAUUCUGCCAAUCUUAAUAUUCAUAUGCGCACCCAUACAGGGGAGAAACCUUAUCAGUGUAAGGAAUGCGGGAAAGCCUUUUCUAGGUGCUAUCCUCUAACUCAGCACUUAAAAACUCACACUGAAGAGAAGCCCUUUGAAUGUAAGUUUUGUGGAAAAAGCUUUCGAAAUUCCUCAUGCCUUAAUGAUCACUUUCGGGUUCACACUGGAAUAAAGCCCUAUAAAUGUAAGGACUGUGGCAAAGCCUUUACUGGGCGCUCUGGCCUUAGUAAACAUUUGCCAACCCAUACUGGAGAGAAGCCCUAUGAAUGUAAGGAAUGUGGAAAAGCCUUCACUUCAACUUCAGGCCUUAUUAAACAUAUGAAAAGUCACAUGGGAGAGAGACCCUUUGAAUGUGACCAUUGUGGGAAAGCUUUUGCUUCUUCCUCAACACUUAUUACACAUUUGAGAACACACACUGGAGAGAAGCCCUUUGAGUGUAAAGUAUGUGGAAAAACAUUUACAUGUUCUUCUUACCUUCGCAUUCACAUGCGAACUCACACUGGAGAAAAGCCCUAUGUAUGUCAGGAGUGUGGCAGAGCCUUCACUGAGCGCACAAGUCUUACUAAACAUUUACGAACACACACUGGAGAGAAUCCCUUUGAGUGUAAUGUGUGUGGAAAAGCAUUUGCAUGUUCUUCCUACCUUCAUAAUCAUAUACGAACUCACACUGGAGAGAAACCUUAUAUAUGUAAGGAAUGUGGGAAAGCCUUCACAGUUUCGUCACACUUAAGUAAACAUGUGAGAAUUCACACAGGAGAGAAACCCCAUAAGUGUGAGCAGUGUGGGAAAGCCUUCACUGUGCGUUCUGGUCUCACUAAACACAUGCGAACUCACACUGGGGAGAAGCCCUACAAUUGUAAGGAAUGUGGGAAAGCCUUUACUACAUCUUCAGGCCUCCUUGAACAUAUAAGAAGUCACACAGGAGAGAAACCAUAUGAAUGUGACCAAUGUGGAAAGGCCUUUGCUUCUUCCUCAUAUCUUAUUGCACAUUUGAGAAUUCAUACUGGAGAGAAGCCUUUUGAGUGUAACAUGUGUGGGAAAGCAUUCACCUGUUCCUCUUAUCUUCAUAUUCACAUGCGAACUCAUACUGGAGAGAAACCCUAUGAAUGUAAGGAAUGUGGGAAAGCCUUUGCUGUUUAUUCACAUCUGAGUAAACAUGUGAGAAUUCACAGUGGAGAGAAAGCCUAUAAAUGUAAAGAUUAUGGGAUAGCCUUCAGUAGUUCUCAUCUUACUGAACACUUAAAAACCAUUGAGAAAAAUCCUCUGAAUGUAAGCAAUGAAGAGACUCCUUUAGGAAGUCCUAUUGCAUUGUGUUACCCCGAAAGACUCAUGUUCCAAAGAUGCCUCAUGAACUUAAGAAGUCUCCCGCCCUUCCCGGGCUCCACCCUUCCCCGCCCCGGCCCCGCCCUCUUGGUCAAGCCACGCCCUUCUAUCACCACGCCCCUCCUUGCCCCUCCCCUUCUGGCCCCCUCUUUCCGUCCCCGGCCCCUUCUACCUCCUUGCCCCGCCUGCCGGCGUCUUCACCCAAACUCAGCACCCGAGUUCCCUCCGCUCCGCCCCUCACCUCUCAGCCGUUGGGAAACCGGAAGCAGAGGGCUGCCACCGCGCUUGCGUAGGGCUUCCUCUCUGUCACUGCGUUACCUCGGCCGCCUGCUGCGUCUAGGACUUCUUUCAGAGUCUGAGGACCCAGUAACCAUUGAGGACGUGGCUGUGGGUUUUACCCAGGACGAGUGGGCUUUGCUCGAUCUUGCUCAGAAGAAUCUCUAUAGAGAUGUAAUGCUGGAAACAUUCUGGAACCUGGCCUCACUAGGAUAUCCGCUGCACAUAUCCCAUCUGAUAUCCCAGUGGGAUCAAGAGGAGGACCUUCAGUCAAUGAAGAGAGAACUUAUUAAAGACACCUGUACAGUGCAGUACCAGGAAGGCAAGAGUCCUGGUUUUGAGAAUCAACUUAAGAAUUGUCAAUUGGUUUCUCUUCAAGAUAUUUAUGGAGAAAAGAUACACAAUGAUGAGAAAAUAGAAUUAGAAAGUGGUUCCUGGUCCUCUAUUUUAUGUGAAAACUGGGAAUCUUGUGAUAUUGUUAAGAGGCAAAGUCAUGAGAGACAUUUGAGAAGUCAUAUGGUCGAGAACAUCUAUGAAUGUAAUGAAGAAAAUCAUUGUGGACAAAUUUCAAAUCUUAGUAUACUGGAGAGCACUACUGACAUAAAAUCCUAUGAAUGCCAUGUUUGUGGAAAAGCCUUCAUGUUUCAUUCAUCCCUUAAGAAUCAUAUCAGAUCUCAUACUGGAGGCAAACGCUAUCAGUGUAAGGAAUGUGGGAAAGCCUUCCAUUUUCUCGCUUGUUUUAAGAAGCAUAUGAAAACCCCCACUGAAGAGAAACAUUAUGAAUGUAAGGACUGUGCCACAACUUUCAGUUGUUCCUCAUUCUUUCAAGCACAUAUGAAGAUUCACAGUGGAAAGGGAAACUUUGAAUGCAAAGAAUGUGGGAAAACUUUCAGUAGUUCUUCAUACCUCACAGAACAUAGAAGAAUUCAUAAUGGAGAUAAACCAUAUGAAUGUAAGGAAUGUGGGAAAGCCUUCAGUUGUUCCUCUUCACUUUCUAAACACAAAAGAAUCCAUAGUGGAGUUAAGCCAUAUGAAUGUAAAGAAUGUGGGAAGGCCUUUAGUUCUUCCUCUCACCUCAUAAUACACAUAAGAAUUCAUACUGGAGAGAAGCCUUAUGAGUGUAAAGAGUGUGGGAAGGCCUUCAGUGAAUCCUCAAAACUCUCUGUACAUGUGAGAACACAUAGUGGAGAGAAACCCUAUAAAUGUAAGGAAUGUGGGAAAACCUACAAUUGCCCCUCCUCUUUAAGUAUCCAUAUGAGAAAACACACUGGAGAGAAACCGUAUGAAUGUCUAGAAUGUGGAAAAGCCUUUUAUCUUCCCACUUCCCUGAAUACACAUGUAAAAAAUCAAAGCAGAGAAAAGCCCUAUGAGUGUAAGGACUGUGGGAAAGCCUUCAGUUGCCCCUCAUCCUUUAAAAGACAUGUGAAAGAUCAUGCUGGAAAGGUACGAUAUGAAUGUAAAGAAUGUGGAAAGGCCUUUAGUCGUUCCUCAUCCCUCACUGAACAUUUAAGAACUCACAGUGGAGAGAAGCCUUAUGAAUGUAAGGAAUGUGGGAAAGCCUUUAUUAGUUCCUCUCAUCUUACGGUACAUAGAAGAACUCACACUGGAGAGAAACCUUAUGAAUGUAAGAAAUGUGGGAAAGCCUUUAUUUAUUUUUCAGCCCUCAGUAUCCACAUGAGAACCCAUACUGGGGAAAAACCAUAUGAAUGUAAGGAAUGUGGAAAAGCUUUUCGACAUUCUUCAUACCUUACUGUACAUGCAAGAAUGCACACUGGAGAAAAACCCUUUGAAUGUCUGGAGUGUGGGAAAGCCUUCAGUUGUCCCUCAUCCUUUCGAAGACAUGUGAGAAGCCACACUGGAGAGAAACCAUAUGAAUGUAAUGACUGUGGAAAAGCCUUUAUAUGUCCAGCAUACUUUAGAAGACAUUUGAAGAUUCACAGUAGGGAAAACAAAUAAAUGUAAAGAACAUGGGAUAUUUGAAAAGCUCACUACUUGUAGGCAACCUGUAAAGUCUUGUAAUAUGGAGGCACCCUAUGAAUGUGAAAAAGUAGGAGAUUGUCAUUCACCUUUUUGAAUGACCUCAGAGAAACCCUGUGCAUUUAAGGCAUGUGAUGAAGCUUUCCUGAUCACCACUAUAUUGUUUAUAAGAAAAUUAAUCUUAGAAACGAGAUCAGUAUCUGACCAUUGUAAGGGACUGCUGACUUUGAGUUCCAGUGCUUCCUUUUAAAUUUUGUUUUAUGUAUAUGAAUGUUAUGCCUUGCAUGUAUGUAAGCACAGGCAUGUUGUGCAGUACCUAUGGAGGCCAGAAGUGUUGGAUCUUCUGGAACUGGAGUUAUGGACUGCUUUUAGUUGCUAUGUGGAUGCUGGUAUUGGACCUGGGUCAUCUGCAAGAGCAAUCAGUGCUUUUAACCACUGAGCUAUCUCUCCAGCCCCAUCCAGUGCUUUCUAAUGAGAAGAUUUAAGAUAACUCAUAUUUCAGCUCUAGCCACAUAUUUUUUUUCUAACAUAUAAG